AAGAUGCCAACCCCGAACAUCUCCACCUCUGCAGCCAAAGGCUUCCGCAGGGCGGUGUCGGAGCUGGACUCCAAGCAAGCUGAGGCCAUCAUGUCUCCACGGUUCAUUGGUAGACGUCAAAGCCUCAUUGAAGAUGCCAGGAAGGAAAGAGAGGCUGCAGCUGGCGCCACCGGUGCCGCCACCCCCGCCACUGAUGCUGCAGAGUCUACAGAGACCAUUGUCUUUGAGGAGAAGGAUGGGAGAGCCAUGCUGAACCUCUUCUUCAUGCUCAAGGGAGCUAAGACUUCACCACUGUCCCGUGCACUUAAAGUAUUUGAGACAUUUGAAGCUAAAAUUCACCACCUGGAGACCAGGCUUAGCCGAAAGCCCCGUGAAGGGAAUGCUGAACUGGAGUACUUUGUGCGCUGUGAAGUCCACAGCUCUGACCUGAAUACUUUCCUUAGCUCCAUCAAGAGGGUAGCAGAAGACGUGAGGACCACUAAGGAAGACAAAUUUCACUGGUUUCCCAGAAAAAUCUGUGAAUUGGACAAGUGCCACCAUUUAGUCACCAAGUUUGACCCUGACUUGGAUCUGGAUCACCCGGGCUACUCUGACCAAGUAUAUCGCCAGAGAAGGAAAUCAAUAGCAGAAAUUGCUUUUCACUAUAAGCAUGGGGACCCAAUCCCUCAUGUGGAGUACACAGCGGAGGAGAUCGCUACCUGGAAGGAGGUGUACAGCACCCUGAAGAGCCUGUACCCCACUCAUGCCUGCAAGGAGUACCUCGAAGCUUUCAAUCUACUGGAGAAAUUCUGUGGCUACAAUGAGAACAACAUCCCUCAGCUGGAGGAGGUCUCGCGCUUCCUGAAAGAGAGGACCGGCUUCCAGCUCCGGCCGGUGGCUGGCUUGCUGUCAGCACGGGACUUCCUUGCCAGCCUGGCCUUCCGCGUCUUCCAGUGCACGCAGUAUAUCCGCCACGCGUCCUCGCCCAUGCACUCCCCCGAGCCAGAUUGCUGUCAUGAGCUGCUGGGGCACGUCCCGAUGCUGGCUGACAAGACGUUUGCCCAGUUCUCUCAGGACAUUGGGCUGGCGUCUCUGGGAGCAACUGAUGAAGAAAUUGAGAAGCUCGCAACGCUUUACUGGUUUACGGUGGAGUUUGGGCUCUGCAGACAGAAUGGGAUAGUUAAAGCCUACGGAGCCGGGCUCCUGUCUUCCUACGGGGAGCUCAUACACUCCUUGUCAGAUGAACCAGAAGUGCGGGACUUUGACCCCGAUGCUGCUGCAGUUCAGCCCUACCAGGACCAGAACUAUCAGCCUGUAUAUUUUGUGUCUGAGAGCUUCAGCGAUGCCAAAAGUAAACUGAGGAACUACGCGGCACACAUCAAGCGGCCCUUCUCGGUGAAAUACGAGCCCUACACCCACAGCAUCGAGCUCCUGGACAGCCCUCAGACGAUCUGUCACUCCCUGGAGAGUGUAAGGGAUGAGCUUCACUCGCUGAUUAAUGCGCUCAAUGUUAUCAGUUAAUACGAGAACCAGGCUCUUUCCUUCCCCUCUUCCCUUGCAGCCCCAAAGCCGCCCACUCUGCCCUCACCUAGCUGAUAACUCCUACCUGUCUUCUCCAAACAUUUGCACCGCUGCCUGUCACCACGCAACCCCAACAGCUUUCCACUUU